UUGCCAAUAAACCGAGACAAACAGCAGCGAUUUAAGUUACACGUUAGCGAAUGGCGUAUCUUAUGAAAAUGCAAUGUUGAAUUUGAUUUUUUGAGUAAUUUUUCUUAAGUUAUCAUCACGCGACAUUCAUAAGUUCUCAUGAAAGUAUUUUAAUUUAAUUUAUUUCCCUCGCCGUUAAAGCAAACCGGGUCGAAGUUGGUUUAGCUUAAUUUAAUUACUGUAAGGUUUCUAUUAGCUGCACGACUCAACUUUGCCAUUAGCGAUUUACAAAUAGUCAGUGUUUUAAACUAGUGUUGUUAUGUUGUUAUAAAAGGCAAUUAACGAUAAAUUUUAAUUAACUUAAUUACGGUGUUUCUUGUACUGGAGGUACCAUUUAAGAGAUUUAAUUAGCAACUAAUUUGUUACGUUAACAUGUUGUUAUAUGCUAGUAGUCAGGUUUAAAUUCCCUCCAGAUUGUUACGUGACUUUCAUUAAAUAAAGGAUUUCUUAAUCACACGUAUCAUUCCAUAUUCUAAAAUAUUUAUUUAACUGCUAAUGCGUUUUUAAUCGGUGGUUAACACCAAAAUGAAUUUGAAAGAAUUGCCUUCUCCUGGGGAACGUUAUUUGGUGGAAGAUUGCUUGGGUGUUGGUGCCUUUGGCAGCGUGCAUUCCGCACGUGAUACACAAGCAGACAACAAACAAGUGGCGAUUAAAGUACAAAAACACACGAAAAAAUUCGAAAAAUACAUACAACAUGAAUACAAAGUUUUGAAAGAUCUGUCAUGGCACGGAAAUUUGGUCGAUUUCUAUGGAAUUUUUCGUAAAGAAGACGACGUCUGGUUUGUUUUAGAAAUAUGCAGUAGCUGUUGUGUUAUGGAUUUGGUGCAGAAUCUCCUCGAUAAAAAUCGUCGCAUGCGGGAAGAACAUAUUGCAUAUAUUUUAAAAGAAGUCGUGAAAGCGGCAAUAUUUUUACACGAAAAUUGUUGCAUUCACCGUGAUAUUAGAGGCAGCAACAUAUUACUGACGAACAAUGGGGAUGUUAAAUUGGGCGAUUUUGGUUUUUCGUGUUUUUUGAACGAUGUUUUGGGCGGGACAAAUGACUGCGUGGGAUCCCCUUGUUGGAUGGCUCCUGAAGUAGUGACAUGCAAAAGAACCAAAAGAAAUUACGGAAAUAGGGUCGAUGUUUGGUCACUAGGCAUUACCGCAAUAGAAUUAGGGGAUGGAACAGCUCCCUACCAAUCAAUGCCUCCUUCGAGAAUUUUAUUCCAAAUAGUUACAAAUCCACCACCGACACUGUACCGCAAAUUUAAUUGGUCCGAAAAUUACAUCGAUUUUAUUAACGAGUGUUUGGUAAAGAAUGCGGAGCAUCGUCCGUACAUGGUGGAGGUGAUAAAUCACCCAUUUUUGCAACAAGUGCCCGAAAAUAACUACCAUCUUACUCUUGAAAUUAAAACUUUAAUUAAUGAUUUAGAAGUUGUGCCUUCAGUGCGCACGAAAUCUGCUGAAGUUGUAGUCAUUGAAGAUUAUAUUAAGUGUGGGCUUGACGGUGGUUUGGAAAAAAUCCUUGCUGAAGACUUAGCAUCUUUAGAUUCUUUGCAAGAAGAGGAUGUGAUGAAAUUGCUUGAAGCGCGCUUCAAGUCAGGACAAUUUCAAACUUUUAUUGGUGAAAUCUUGCUCAUUCUUAAUCCAAACGAAAAAAAAGACAUUUAUGGUGACGAGUUUCACCGCAAAUACCAAAUGAAAUCACGCUCUGACAACGAGCCUCACAUAUUUGCCAUCGCUGAUAGUGCUUAUCAGAACGCGCUUCACCACCACAUUUCCCAGAAAAUCGUUUUAUCGGGAGAAAGUGGUUCUGGAAAAACGACGAAUUUUUUCCACUUGCUAAAUCAUCUAAUUUAUCUCGGACAAAAUGACAACAUUAAUCUCCAGAGAAUCGUAAAUGCAGUUAAAUUAAUUCAUUCUCUAACACACGCUUUGACGCCAAUCAAUAAUUAUUCCACUAGAUGCGUCUUUAAAGUUGAUAUUAAGUUCGGAAACACAGGGAAAGUCAGUGGUGCUAUUUUCAACGUAUUUCAAUUAGAAAAAUGGAGAGUUUCUUCAACUGAUAGUGUGCAAGGUACAUUUUAUUUCUUAUAUUCUGUAUAUGAAGGAUUAAAAAUAAAUAAAAAAUUGGAGAAAUAUUUAUUAAAUUCCGAUUUUGAAUACAAAUAUUUGAAGAAAUGUGAAGACACAAAUGAUGAAGUGAAAGUUGAUUUAAUUGACUUUAAACAGAUGUUAAAAUUUUUUGAAGACUUUGAGUUUAAUGAUUCCGAAAUAGAUACGAUAUUAUCAAUAACGUCUGCUAUCCUAAUUUUGGGUGAAAUGUCUUUUGUGGAAGCCGAUUUGGAGAGCGGAGAUAAGGAAUGCGUUGAAAAAAUUGCUCAGUUACUACAAAUUGAUCCUUGCAAAUUUCAUUGGGCUUUAGCCAAUUACUGUCUAAUCAAGAAAGAUGUUAUAAUUAGGAAAAAAAAUACAGAAGACGAAGCAAAGAGUGUACGAGAUGCGUUGGCUAAUAAUUUGUAUUUAAGACUAGUUGAUUACAUUGUCAACACAAUUAAUAACAGAUUAAGUGCGGGACGAAAAAUAUUUGGAGAAACAUAUUCAGUUCAAAUCCUUGAUUAUUUUGGCUUUGAGUGUUUUAAAGAGAAUUACUUGUCACAGCUUUUCGUCAAUUGCUUCAAUGAACAAAUGCAUUAUUAUUACACACAACGAAACUUUUAUUGGGAAUAUUUGGACAUGAAGGACGAAGAUUUGAAUUUUAAUACUUCAUCAAAUUAUUAUGACAACAAAUCGUGCCUGGAUGAAUUGUUGGGUAAACCCGAAGGUGUUUUCUCGAUAAUUGACGAAGUCUCUAAAAUGAACCAGAAUGAAAAACACGUUAUCAAUUUUAUUGAAAACAGUGACUUGAAGUUUGUAAAAGUUGUGGGAAACUUAGAUUUUGCAGUUGCUCAUUAUACGGGAACUGUAACUUACAAAGGAUGCGAUAUAUGUGAGAAAAACAGAGAUUUCCUUCCGGCUGAAGUGAUUGAAACUCUUCGUUUGUCCGACAAUCCAACUGUAAAGUUACUUUUUACAAAUAAACUAAAUCGAACUGGAAAUUUAAUAGUUGACGCACCUGAUAGGUCAAAAUAUAAAUUUACUUCGAAGAAACUGACACAUAAUCAAUAUUCCCAAAUUAAGCACUUAACCACGUCCCUGAGGAAAUUUAAAGCACUUGGUGUGGAACUGCUGAAAGACUUGUCAAAAGGAUGCACUCAUUUUGUUCGUUGUGUAAGAACAGACCUGCAUCAGGUUCCAAAAAAUUUCGACUGCGGAUUAGUUAAGCAACAAAUACGGGCCCUAGAAGUGGUCGAAACUGCAAAAUUGAGGCAAAACGGCUACUCCUAUCGAACCUCUUUUCACGAGUUUUUAAGACGAUAUAAAUUUCUUGCUUUCGAUUUCAAUGAAAACGUUGAAACUACUAAAGAAAACUGUCGGCUGCUUUUGAUUCGUCUCGGAGUCGAAGGCUGGGAUGUUGGAAAAUCUAAAGUUUUUCUCAAGUAUUACGUUGAAGAAUAUCUGACUAGACUAUUUGAAACGCAAGUUAAGAAAAUUAUUAAAAUACAGAGCAUUUUAAGGAGGUUUCUGGCGAAGUGUUUGGUUACCAAGCACCUCCAAAACAAAGGAGAAAAAUGCAUUCUAGGACAUGUGCAGGCAGAGAAAUACAGAAUGACUGAAGAAGAAGCCGCGAUCAUAAUACAGAAAGCUUACAGAGAAUCAACUGUAAAAAAGUCUUACCAAGACUUUGCAGAAGAUUACAAAAUUCUAGAUGAAGAAACGUGUGGUUUUAUUCGAAAAUUUGCGCUCAAAUGGAAAAAUAAUACAGUGUUUCGUAUAUUAUUUCUUUAUAAAUCUGUAAGACAUCAAGAUUGUUUUAAUUUUUCUCAACAGGUUCAUUUAUAUAACAUUGGCAUUUUUUACGAACUUGAAGAGCUUAAUCAAGCAAUUUCGUUAGACAAUAUCGACUCAAAAGCAAACAUUUCUGUUUGGUUGGGAGAAUAUUCGGUAGCUGUACAAAAAAUGCCUUUUCGUCUUGAUGAAAUACCUUUUUGUGAUACCAGCGAAAUGUCAAACUUUGUGUUGAAUUACGAGCUAUUGGAUGAAAAAAAUGAUUCAUGGGAUCUACCAUAUCGUUGGAGAAAUUUGAUUUCUUCGAAGUUUGACCAGGCGGUGCAAACUAAAAUUCCCAUUGCUUCACCAUUUGCUCGAGAUUCAAUACAAGAAGAGGAAAAUGUUAACCGUAAGAAUACUAAAAACAAAACAGUAGACGACAAUUUUUUACACAAUAAGGAAAUGUUAAAAAAAACUAUGAAAGAAGAGAAGGAAACGAAAACUUUUUCCAAAAAUGAAGAAAAAAUUAAUUUUAAUUCAAAGCUAGCUAAUGAAGAUUUCGAUUACAUAAAAUCACCGUUGACAAAAAAGCUCAAGAGAAUAGAUCCUGUAACAGAAUUGAAGCAAAUUGGGCAAAAAACUGCUUCAGAAAACGAACCACCUUUUAAUUUUCAGGGGAUGUUAAGAAAAACUAACUUCAAAAAAGAAGUCAAAAUAGAGGAUAAUAAUGUAAAAGUUUUACCAUAUUCUUUAAGGAAAACUGGAAUAAAUGGAGUAGAGGGUAAAACUUACGAAAGCGCCGAAGCCAGAAAUAAUCGUAAUAUAAACAAUAUUCAAUAUACUUGUGACAGGAAAAAGAUAAAAAUACACUUGGCACCGGGUGUUGUUUUAGAAGUGCACACCAAAAGUCUAGGAUCCAAUAUAAUAAUUUUUUUUGGCGAUGUAUUUAUGAAAAAAAUCAAAUGCAAAAGCAAAAGGAUUUUUUUGACGAUUUUUUAAAUUUUGUGUACCACACUUUUGAUGCGCGUCAAAUAAAUUUGUUUCAAUAUUUAUGUUAACCCUAUGUAGAUCUCAAAUAAAAACAUGUAAAAUUGUAAACUUAAAUGUUAAAAAUAAA